AGAUUGGAGGACGCAGGCAGCGGGGGAGGGCCGACGGAGGGGAGCGUUGCGAGGCAAAACGGCAGGUCACAUGAGCGCAGAUCUGUUUACAAACCCGGAGCGACGGGAGGAAGGGGAGCCGCGGCGCUGAAGCUCCAUUAUGGACUGAAGGAGGAAGAGGAGGAAGUCUGCCACGACGAAGGUGUGAGGGCUCGGCGCUGCGCACGCUCCACCUUCUCGAUUUGUUUUGAUUUUGCUUUCAAUCGAAGCAGCAGAUGGUUAGAGGGAGAGUAGGACCCCCUCCCCGCAAGCUUCUCUGGGGGCUGCAUGGAGCGCUCCUCACUUUGUUUGGGCUCUGAAGGAGACGCAGCUUCGCCUUCUGCGCUGAGGAGGACCGCAAGAUCCGAGGAGUGGAGGAGGAAACGGCUGCUAAAAAGCAGCUUUAGACGAGACAAAGCACAGAUUAAUGUUGGAUAAUUACCUUGAUUGGGGAGGGGUGUCAUCCUGCAGGCCGGGGGUCUGUGAGCUGGAGGGUCGGAGAGACCCUUUUCUGCUGGAAAGACGCUCAUGAGGUCUCCAGACCCCAAACCUCCCAGCCCGCCCACAGAGCGCCUAAUCCAGAUUUGGAAGUGCUGAGCCAGCACAAAUCCAGAAACAACAAGAGACUCUGCUCAGAGGGAGCCGGGUCCAGCAGAACUCCCUCCGAGUCCGGGGCAGCUUGGCGCCUCUCCAGGGCCCGAAUUUGCUGCUGCUGCCUUGGAGUCGAGUUUCAUGCAGUGGAGUAACGGUAGGGUAACAGCUACCCUCUUCCUGGCAGGAUGCCUUUGUAGUUUGGGUUGUCAAGGCUCUGAACACGACCACAGCAUGACGUCGGACAUCUACCACCUCCCGCUCAACGUGUACGUCAUCGUGCUGGGCAUCGGCCUCUUCGUCUUCAUGCUCAGCCUCAUCUUCUGCUGCUACCUUUUCAGGUUGAAACAACAAGGAACGAGGGAGCAGUUCAGCUACAACGAGGUGGUGCUGAAGGGAGCCAGCAAGAAACUGAGUCUUCUUGGACAAACGUGCGCGGUGUGUCUGGAAGAGUUCAGGACUCGGGAUGAGCUGGGAGUGUGUCCAUGCUCACACGCAUUUCACAAGAAGUGCCUGCUCAAAUGGCUGGAGAUCCGCAGCGUGUGUCCCAUGUGCAACAAGCCCAUCCUGCGGCUGCACACCGACGCCCCGCAGGGCGCCGAGGGUCCCAUGGACCCCGAGGAGGUGUGAGGUUGCAGGCCAAACCCCAGACAACCCCCCCUUCCAGAAACACACGCAUCAAACACACUAAAGAUGACGAACAGUGAUCGUCUGACAGGAAAAGUUGAUCCUGGGAGGCGCCACCCUCGACCUUCGACAGGAACAGGAGCCGCCGGGAUUCAGGAGGUUUAGAGCGUAGGAUCUUUCAUCAAAAUGUUCCUUGUUGUACUUUCAUGUUGCACAGUUCACCAGAGAAAUGAAAAGAGACGAUACAGGCGGCCGCCAGCGAGCCGGUGCAGCACUGCCACAGACAUCACGGAGGCGCCGAGGAGCCCGGACCAUGACCAACCUCCACGAUCUCAGGGGUGUUACCAGAACAGCCAGCACAAACCCCGACGACAACAACGCAUCCGCCCGUGCCACGCAUGCAUCUUCAGUACUGCCAAAGCUUCGGCAGCCAGGGGGCGCCAUCACUUCAGGCUGAAACAGACCAGCUGGAAGACGAACUUCUACGUAGACGAUGUUGUUUCUGAUUGUGUCCCCGCCCCCUUUUCCUUUCUCAAAAAAACUAAAAAACAAAAAGAAACAGACUGAUAGAAAACUAGUCUUGGCUCUGUGUACUGUACGUAAACGUCUCCCUAUAUAUUGUUAUUUUGUAUUUUAAAUAAAGUGUCAUGUCA